AUGCCUCCGAAAUCCGGGCCGGCGAGGCGCUUUACUCCUCGUAAAUCCGUUCUCCUGCCAGUUUCUUCCGGUCGCACGUCGGCGUCCUCUCGACCUCCUCCUACCGCUACCCCUCCGCCUCCAGCCGCCGCCACCACCACGGCCGCGGCCACUGCCACGGCGGCGUCAAGAUUGUCUUUACGCGACAACGGUCAAUUAACUUCCCCUAACAUUAAACCAAACCCUAAAGCAGAAACUAAAUCGACUUCUGGAGACGCAUCUUCUCCGGCAAAUCCUAGUCCCAUUCCUCAAGGGAGAAUCAAGAAGAUUGUUCCGAAGCCCGGAAAGAAGAUUCCGGGGGGCGAUCAAAUUGAAAAGCGUGCUGUAACCAAAUUGGUCUCCGCAGCUCCCGUAUCAAGUCUUUCAAGUUCUCAAGAUGCAAUUAUACCCAGGCCCAAAGUUCCUGCAGCUGGAGGUGCCGGAGCCGAAGAGCAGGGCAGUGUCGGUGGGGGAAAGGCCACCGCCCCUGAAACCUUGGGGGUUGUUAAAGACAAAGGUGAAGAUAAAGUCUCAGCUGAGGCGGUUAAGGUUGCCACGAAAGCUGUUGGAUCAGCAAAAGUGGGUGAACCAAAAACUAGGAAAGUGCUGAAGAAGAGGAUGAGGAUUGUGAAGAAGAUUGUUAAGAGAAAAGUACCCAAAAGGGUUGUUCCGGAUAGCAAAGGGUGUGAGGAAACAAAGGGUGGUGUAAGUGGAUUGAAUUCGACGGAAGUUGAAAAGUUAAAUUCUCAUUCCUACCCGGAAAUGGAGAGUGUGACAAAUGUUGACAUUGCUAAAGCGGCAGAUAAAAGUUUGGAAAUCUCAACGGAUGCUUUGAGUCCCCGCGAGGUUGGAAUGGCUGGUCAUUGUGUCACCAGUUCUUUUGAAUCUGAAGAAACUUGUAAAAUUGAUUGCACUGCUACACUGACAACUGAGAACGGGGAAUUGAACGAAACGCAACGGCAAGCAGAGGAAAUCACUGAGAUUGAUUCUUAUGCUGAUAGAAUUGUGGGCGACGAGAGUGAGAAUGCGGGGGAGUUAAGGGAUUCCACUCGUGGAAGCGAUUCAGCAGGUAUUGUUGCUGAUGAAAAUGAUGGAAACCGGAAUCUAGUGCUUGAAGAUCAAUUAGAUACUAUGGAUUCUAAACUUGUCAAAAUGGAAGUUGAUGAUCACUUGGAAGAUUCUAGUGGAGGCACUAUCCAGGAGGGAAGACUGUAUACAGAAGAGAAAAAUGAUGCUGGGUUAAUCCAACCACUGGCAUUAAGUGGUGAAAUGGAGGCCUUGGAGCGCAGGAAGAGGCGGAGGACUGAGAUUUUUAUUGGUGGUCUGGAUAAGGAUACGAAGGAGGAGGAUGUCAGGAAACGGUUUGAACAAAUUGGCGAGGUAAAACAAGUCAGGUUGGUGAAGGGUAGCGAUUCAGGCAAAAACAAGGGUUUUGCUUUCUUGCAAUUUGUUUCAGCAGCAGAUGCGAAGAAAGCGUUGGAAAAGUUCUCCACAAUAGAGAUAUGUGGGAAGCAGUGCGGCCUACGACCUGUAGAAGGAAAUGACACAAUAUUUCUUGGCAAUAUCAACAAGAACUGGAAGAGUGAAGAUGUGCUUCAGCAUCUGAAGAUUGCAAAAGUUCAGAAUAUUGACAAAGUUAUAGUUAUGGCCAAUCCCAAUAACUUUAAGCAAAAUCGUGGUUUUGCAUUUGUUGAAUUCCAGACUACCAAAGAUGCUCAAAUUGCUUUCAGUAAACUGCAAAAGUAUGAUCUUUUUAUCAAACAGAUGAAAAUUAAAGUUGCAUGGGCUCAGCCUUUAGUUGAGCCAGAUGAAGAAGAGAUCCUAAAGGUGAAAUCAGUUUAUGCCGAGUAUCUUCCAUCAUCUUGGGAUGAAGGCAAGGCAAGAAACUUCUUCAAAAGAUUUGGGGAAAUUGAGAGUAUUACUCUUGCUAAGAAUCUCCCUUCGUCUUGGAGAAAAGAUUAUGCAUUCAUCAAUUACUCAACUCGUGAAGCUGCACUUGCUUGUAUUGAGGCCUUCACUCAUGAACAAGUGGAUGAUUCAGGCUCCAAGGUUGCAGUGAAAGUAUCUCUUGCAAAACCAAAAGUGAAACAGAGUAAACCUGUGUCCAACACCAUUGGAAAGGAACAUGUGAACGAGAAGCGGAUAACUUCAAACUUUGUUAUGGUUCAUGAACCUUUAAAUAAGGAAGAACAGACCAGCAAAAAUCUUCAAGGUAUUAGAGUUGAUAGAACCUCUACUACCACUGAUGAACUGUUACGGCUCUUGAGACAGCAAGCACGGGAAGGGCAGCCUCAACCUGGAGGUUCUGCCGUAAAUCACCACCAUGCCUUAGCUGGAAGCAAGAGACCAUUUUCUGCCCUGGGACUUAAUGCAAUAUUUUCAGAGCCCAGAGCACUCCCUCGCUCUUACCCUGAGACAUCUCAUUUAUAUGGCAGCACAAGUGCUGUUUCCAGUCGUGUUGAUACGCUAUCUCUGCCUUACUACCAAAGACAACGUAUGGGAUACACACACGAAUUACCGAGUGGGUUUCAAGAGAAGCCUCCUCUUAAGCCAAGGGAACAACCACCUUCUUACGUUGCACGCAGUGGCAUGUACCAGAGAUUUUGA